AUGGAGGCUGGAGCCGUUCACAAGGUCGGAGACUCCGCCGGCUGGACCACGAUUGGGAGCCUCGAUUCCAAGCAGUGGGCUGUCACCAAGACCUUCCAACUCGGCGACGUUAUCUGUAAGUCUCGGCCUUUUUCCCCUUUUCCGCUUCCCACUCCACCUGCUGCAGAUUUCGAGUACAACCCACAAUUCCACAACGUGAUGAGAUUGACACACGCCAUGUACAGGGCCUGCAACGCCACAGCACCAUCGGCCACAUACACCACAGGGAACGAUUCCAUCACCAUAACCACCCGCGGCCACCACUACUUCAUCUGUGGAUUCACAGGCCACUGCCACUCCGGCCAAAAGGUCGACAUCAACGUCCUCCCAACCACCACCACCACCGUCGGUACACCUUCAUCAUCUCCCAUGGCCGCACCAACUCUGCCCUCUGCACAAUCCCCUGGCCCUUCUCCAAACACCGCCGCCUCUUCCAUGCCUUCCAUCACCCUCGCUAAAGCUCUUCUCCUCGCCUUGGCCAUCCUCGGAUUCGCAUGA